AUGUGCCCUUUGAGAUUCCUCCUGGUUUUCUUCUCGGCGGUGUUGGCCGCCUACUUCGCCUGGAAAACGGUGUCUCCUUCAGAUGAACCCGACAUCAUCACCACACCAGAUGAUGAGAAUUCCACAAUUGAGAAGCACGAAUUUCAUUUUCUCAAGAUGAUGCAAAAAGGGUUCUUUGUGUUCAUCGACAUGGCAAGCGGACGAUACCUUUGGAAGAAAGUCAAACAAUUGAGCAACAACAGCAACCAACAUGUUGAUUAA